AUAAUAAAAAAUACGAAUGCACAAAGAUAAAAUAAUAAAUCUAUUAAACAACAUAAAUUAAUUUUGUCAGUAUGAAAUUAAUAUAAAAAAUAUAUUCUACAAAUCACUAAACUGUAUGCACACCCUACUUAAAGUAUGAAGCCAAUUGUUCUCAAGAUUGGUUUAAGCCUCGCGUGUGAUCUUAAUUAAUGAAUACGAAUGAAUGACUAAGCUCAUUCCGUUAAUUUAUUUAUUAAAGCUCGGUAAGGGAAAGCAUACAAUAUGUUACUUUGGAUUGUGGUUCUCAAACAUGUUUUGUCUAACCAAAUUUUUUAACCCGCCACUGGAGAACAGUAGUUCUCCAGUGGCGGGUUAAAAAAUUGGUUACCUACUGGUGACCCUGGUCUCCUGUACCGUGGUUUUGUGUUCCAUGUAUUUCAUUUUUAAUAUUGUUUAUGCUAUUUUGAAUUGGAAAGGAUAUAAAAUUGGAUAUUCAUUUAGAAAGGACAUAAAAUGACAUAAAUAUUAAAAAACAGAAAAUAAAGGAUAUAAGAUUAUAUUGAAAGUCACAGUUGCGGAGUUGACUAACGGUAGAGUGCGAACAGGUUAUCAUACUAAUUUUAUAAAUGUGGAAGUUUGUUUAUUUGUUUCGAUGUUUGUUGGAAACGGAUUUUCUUGAAAUAUGGUAAGAAAACAGGGUAUGAGCUGACUUGCGUGAUAGGAUACUUUUUGCCCCACGGGAACGCGGCUAAAGCCGCUGGCAGAAUUUAGUAUGUAAAUAAAAACAUAAGACUUUAAAAAUGGCCAAAUAUAAACUUAUACUUUUUCCAUUGAAUUAUAAACAGUAGCUUACGUCCUUAUUUAUCUUUUUAACGUCCGAAUUCAAAGCAACUUUGAGAACCCCUGACUCUGAAGAUGAAGCCUUCACAAUUGUUCUGUAAUGUGAUGUAAAGUACUCUUACUCAGACGCAUGAGAAUCGAGUGGUCGAUUAAAUCUUUUCGAUGGAAUCGAUUGAUUUGUGAUAACUCGAUUAAUUUGUAGGAAGCUCUCGAUUUCUUUAGGAUGCCUACUUAAGUGUUUUCUACUGUGUGGAAUGAUGUAAGAUAAAAGUGAUUAUUAAUUUUUGAUGUAGGUAUUUGUUUUGUGUAUUGUGAUUCACUCACGAGGUGCUCUAAGAGAAAGACCUAGGGAAAGCGUCUCUCCCAAAAAUAAUUUAUUUAAAAUUUUAAAAUUCAUAUUUACAAAAUAGGUGCUCAUUAAAAGGCACUACCUGCUGGUAUUCAUCUUUCCUAUACAUCACAUCACAAUAUUGGCAACAUGGAGGCAGUGGAGGCGGUCAACGGUACACUGGCGCAGAUGAGGGCAGAGUUCCAGGAAAGGAUGGCAAGAUUUGAGGCCGGGCACAGCAGUACACCAUCCAAACUUGCAUCUGGCGGCACUUCAGCUCUGGCACAGGACUACUGGGCAUUCAAGCGAUUCACUCUGGAUGCGCUUGAGUGUCUGCAGCGGCAGAUGGAGUUUAUUGUCCGUGACAUGGAUGCACUGGAGAUGAGAGGCCGCAGAAAGAUGUUGCUGAUCCACGGAGUUCCUGAGGACAAGACCGAAAACACUGCACUGGUGGUCACAAGUAUGGUCCAAAAUAAAUUAAAACUAGACAGUUUCACUACCUCCAAUGUCCGUCGUUGUCACCGGAUGGGCAGCUUCACCGGCAAGUCAAGUCCCAGACCCAUACUGGUUAAGGUGCAGGAUGUGGAUACCCGGGACAAGGUCUGGCACAACAAGACCAAACUGAAGGGUACGGGUAUCACGAUAUCUGAGUUCCUGACCAAGACACGACACCAGGUCUUCAUGGCGGCGCGGAACAGGUUCGGUGUGACGAAUUGCUGGACGAAAGCGGGCCACAUCUAUAUCCUGGGGCCGGAUGGCGUCAGGCACCGCAUAGUCAGUCACAGCGAGUUGCGUGCGAUUGGCGAGCCUGCAGCUGUCCCCGAGCGGUCUGCGGCGGCAGUCUCCGAGCGAUCUCCUGCGGCAGUGGCACGGAGAGGGAAGCGCGGCGCCACUAAAAAGUGACUUCGUUAAUCCUGCUUCGUUCGGGUAACAAUCUCACUUCUUAUUUCCUUUGUCUUGAGGUAGUAAUCGAAUACCUUCACAAUAUAUUUAUUACUUCUUUAUGUAUUUAU